AUGCUUCCAUCAGUCUACCCCAGGGCAGCUGUGGCUACAGGAAAAGACCUGGCAGACCGACUCACUGUCACUCCUCGUCUCAUUAAAACUCAUCUGCCAGUCCAACUUCUCCCAGAGACAUUUUGGGAGAACAACUGUCGGGCAGUCUACGUGGCUCGUAACCCAAAGGAUGUCGCCGUGUCCCACUUCCACUUUAGCCGCAUGAACAGCAUCCACCCUGCCCCAGGAGACUGGGAUGGCUUUCUACAAAGAUUCAUGGAGGGAAAGAUGGUUUAUGGACCCUGGCAUGAGCAUGUGGUCGGCUGGUGGGAGAAAAAACAAACAUAUCCAAAGCUUCAUUAUAUGUUCUAUGAAGAUCUAAGUGAGAACGUGGGACAAGAGAUCGACAAACUGUGCAGUUUCAUCGGCUUGUCUCUCUCAGCCGAGGAGAAGGAGGCCAUCGUGACUGCUGUGAAAUUUGACAAUAUGAAAAAUAACAAACUGACCAACUUUACCAAUGCUCCCUUGAUGAAUCUGAAGGUGUCUCCUUUCAUGAGAAAAGGGAAAGUUGGUGACUGGAAGAAUCAUUUCACCGUGGCCCAGAACGAGCAGUGUGAUGAAUACUACAACCAGAAAAUUAGAGAUCCGGCGCUGCAAUUCCGCACCCACGUUUAG